AUGCCUGUUCAAACCAGCUCACCGACACUCCCGGACUCGUUUCCUUCUUUUAUGUCUGUAUUUGGGAGGUCGCCCGAAUUUUCCGACAAGGAGGAGCGAACUGCAAUCAUCAAACCUCUUAGGGUUCCAACCAAUGUCACCGUCAAUACAUCGCGUCGCCCACUUCCCUUUAAGCACCGUGAAAGCAUAUCGUCGAUGACAUCAGCCUCCACUGAUUCAUCGCCGACCACCACCAUCUCCACGUUUGAUCCUCCUUCGGCCGUGGACACAUCUCCGAGUUCUUCGCCUGAAUCUCCGUCGUCGAUGCCUUUAUCAUAUCCCACCUUCAUGCCACUCGCACACAAGCCCGAGUGUCCUCCGCACUCUGCGGCUCCGGCCGCCAUCCCCAAUCCGUCGACGGAUACGCCAAAUGUCGCGCGACCCGACUCGCCCGGCCGGCGCGCAAGAAACCUCAAGAAUCUCUCCUUGAGGAUGCCUCUACCGUCCCAAGGCUCACGCCCGCCCAUCGCAACAGCAUCCGUUGUCGAAUCUACUUCCCAACAUCAUCUUUCUGCCCCGCCUUCACCGAUCCACGUGCCCCCAAAGGGCAUGCGCCGAAAACCCGCAAACUUAACGAUACGCACCCCCGGAUUCGAUCGGUCGUUUUCCAGCAACAUGGAUGAGAUGAUUCCGCCAACUCCACACGCCUUGCGCCACACGGAAUCCUCGCCGUCUCUCACAUCCGUUUUUUCCCCGUCAUUUGGGCCGAAGGGUGGCAUGCAACUACCCCGACCGAUGACCCAUCAUGGCGCGCGACGACCGUCUGCUACCUCAGAAAGCAACCUCUCACCACUGCAAACCGUGCCGGACGAAGAGUCCGCUUCUGGUGGAGUGCUGCACGAACUGGCGGAAGAGGACGACCAUCUAGACUCACGAGAGUCGACGCGGCGCAACGAGCGUGGAUACCCGAACGGACCCAUUCAAAUCUAUGACUCCGGUGUCUUUCUUUACCUGGAGCCGACUGCUCCAGAAGCCUCGCGAUUUGAUGUUGUCGUGAACGUGGCAAAGGAGGUGGCGAAUCCGUUCACCAACACGAGCGGUGGUACUGGCACGGUGGUGAGCACCUUGCGCAAUGGGUUGGCACGUUCGAACCGACUGUCGACUGGGGAGCCAUGGACGGCUAUGUCUGAUGUCUCCUUCAAGUCUGCAUUUGAAUACCCUCCCAGCGACGAGUCUUCGCCUGCCACCCCUCAAAACGACUCGUCUGGACCGGAAUAUGUCCACGUCGGCUGGGAUCAUAACUCGGAAAUCCUGGAUGAUCUCUUCCCACUUUGCGAGCUUAUUGAGUCCCGGAUCUCCGAAGGGAAGAAGGUCCUAGUGCAUUGCCAGCUCGGUGCCAGUCGUUCGGCCUCGUUGGUUAUCGCAUAUGGUCUCUACAAAAACCGAGAAUUAGAUUUUAACUCGGUAUACGAGAUGGUCAAGGAGCGCAGUCGCUGGGUGAGCCCUAACAUGAGCUUGAUUUACCAGCUGACCGACUUCCGUUCUCGACUACUCCGGGGCAGCCUCUCGAAAGCUGCCCCGGAGGAGUGGUUUGUUGGGGGAGCACGCAGGAGCUCUGAACCCCAGCCACCACACACCGGAAGGACGGAUGCUUCGGAAGCCAGCACUCCGGGUUACACGAGUGGCUGCUCGGAUGCCGAGCAAUGCUCAUCGAAUGGCCUGUCGCAGGCAUCCCUGAGCUCUCUUUCGGCGCCUUCCACAAACCAGACCACGCCCAUCUCGAUCGAGAAUCUGGGCUUCUCCCAAACCCUGUCUCACAAGCGUAGUCUGUCUCCACGACCUCUACCUUUUCGGCAGGCCUCCUACCAGAUGGGGUCAAACGGUCGGACUCUACCCCCCGAACCUGCCGCCCCUUCAUGGCGCCCCGAAGGCGGGCCAUAUUCUUUGGCCAAAACCGACAUUUUCGUGCAGGACGCUGCCGAGGGAGCGAACUCCCUUUUCUCACCGAGGACCACUGGGUUCAUGGCCGCGCCUCUUUCGCGGUCCAUUGCCGAUUGCCUCGACGAUGGCCCCCAUGGGCUGCGCUUCGGGUCGCGAGUCGCAGACCCGCGGUCCCCGCCUCCCGGGACUGAGCGCCUGAUUAUGAGGAAUAUUGAUGAGUUUCUGUAA